GAUUCUGCAUCUUCUUGCUGAAGCCGAAGUAUGAGCUUCAAUGGCUACGAAUGUUGGCGCUGUAUGUGGUGCGCUGAAAAGGUUCAGUCGGCCUCACGCCUCCAAUUGGGUUUGGAAGAAGAAAGUUUUCUGCUGCAAAAUGUCCACCGAGUCACCUUCCUUGACUCACACAAUCACACUGCCUAAUAAACCCAAUGAACCCGUUCACAUUGUUGCUGCUCCUGGCGUCUCCCAUUCUGAUUUCUGGAAUGCUGUUGAAUCCUCUUUGUUCAAGCAGUGGUUGCAUAACUUGCAAACUGAGAAUGGGAUUCUAGCUGAUGGCACCAUGUCUCUCAGACAAGUUCUAGUUCAGGGAGUUGACAUGUUUGGAAAGCGCAUUGGGUUUCUCAAGUUUAAAGCGGAUAUUUUUGACAAGGAAACAGGGAAAAAGAUUCCAGGCAUUGUAUUUGCAAGAGGACCAGCUGUGGCGGUGCUGAUACUCCUGGAAUCAGAGAGUGAAACAUAUGCUGUUCUUACAGAACAGGCAAGGGUGCCUCUUGGAAGAAUUAUUUUGGAAUUGCCUGCCGGAAUGCUGGAUGAUAACAAAGGUGAUUUUGUUGGGACUGCUGUUCGCGAGGUUGAAGAAGAGAUUGGUAUCAAGUUAAAUGUAGAAGACAUGGUUGACCUCACUGCUUUCCUUGACUCUACAACUGGAUGCAGAUUUUUUCCCUCUGGGGGAGGAUGUGACGAAGAAAUCAGUAUUUUUCUUUACAGAGGGCGUGUUGACAAAGAGAUAAUCACACAACUACAGGGAAAAGAGACUGGCCUUCGUGAACACGGGGAGCUAAUUAAGGUACGCGUGGUACCUUACAAGAAUCUCUGGCACACAACAGCGGAUUGCAAAGUUUUGGUGGCUGUUGCACUGUUAGAAAUGGCUAUGAAAGAUGGGCUAUUGCCUACUUUGUCUACUUAAUUAACUAUUAGAAAUAGAAAUAUAUAAAAAAAUAGUUCUUUUAACGACUCUAACUUUAUCCCUGUUGCAUAUUGUACCCGACAAGAAGAAUUGAUUAUUAUUGUUGUGCUUAGCACUAUUAGGACCUUGCAAAUGGAUACUUAAUUGUACACCAUUGCCAUCAAUGAUUUGAUACGGCCAACAUAACAUAUUUAAAAGAUGACCUAGUUAGAAGGAA